AGAGGGACGCGGCAUCAGCUGAUUUGCCAGAAGACGCGAGGCCGUGAGAGAGACAAGACCUCCUCGUCAAUUCCUCCUUGAUUCUUGUGACAAUGGGGCUUAAGUCGUGCAUUUUCCUGCUGGUGGUGACCUUGGGUUUGUCUCGAGGUGGGAAGAACAUUGAGGAAGAUCAGUAUGGUGUGAGAUAUGCUACGGAUUGUGAAGUUUGUAAGCUGGUGAUGAAGGAGCUUGGGGAAAAGUUGCAGUCAAAGGACUCUUGUGUCAUUGAGACAGGAUAUAACAUGGAUGCGUCCAAGAAGAAGACCAAAUACAUAUAGGAAGAAUUGCGACUGGUAGAAACGCUAGAAGAAGUCUGUUCAGGGAUGUUAGAUUACCGUAUCCACAAGGAACGCGAGGACUCGACCCGUUGGGCCAAGAAGAUGAGUCAGACAUUCCAGACGUUACAUAAUCUUGUCAAUAAGGGGGUGAAGGUCGACCUAGGUAUCCCAAUGGAGUUAUGGGACGAGCCAUCAGCGGAAGUGACGCAUCUUAAGACCCAGUGUGAACAAUUUAUUGAAGAUCACGAAGAUGCUAUAAGCAGUUGGUACUUUGGCGAUCAGACUAAAUCUCUCCAGGUAACUGUUUGUAAAAAGGCCCUCAAGGAAAAGAAGUGUCUCUCUGAACCUUAUGGUGAGGACAUCACUGCCCAAGAACAAGCCAAGGAGAAAGUGGGAGAUAAAAAGAAGCAGAAAGGAGACAGAAGCAAGACGAGGAAAAAUGAGCUGUAGUUCUUUUUAUAAAUUCGUUUUUUAGGUCACAAUAAAUCUAUUUUAGAAUUCAGAAGUCAUUUUUUAAGAGUCAUCCUUGUGUGAUGUUCAUUUUGAUAUUUAUGUUUCAUUUUUAAGUAUUUAAGAUGAUCAUGUUAAGGGUAUAUACAGUCAUGUUGGAGUAGAUUUGAUAUGGUCUUCAAAGGAAUAUAAUAUAAAUAGCUCUGCAAGUAUAGAAUUAGCAUAAUAAAACUUUAGUCAUUAAUAUUUUAAAGAAUCUAUUUUGUGAUUUUAUGCUGUAUCUAUAUUUCUGAUGAAAUGAAACAAGAUUUUUAUUAUGAUAUGGUCACAUAAAUCACCCUCUUGUGUCAGUAUUUACUCUUUGACUACAAGAUCACCCAAAAUCCUCCUGGACUAGCAACCCCUUCUGAGCUUGUGUUCUGGCGUAAGAGAGGAGGCAUCAGCAUCUUCCAUACUGAAAGGAUCGGACAAAGGAAACUCACUGUAGGAUCGUCCUCAGAUGCAAGCAGUCAUUUUAGAUUUUGAUAUCAAUCAUUAUUUUCUCUAUUAUGUUUCAGCAUAUUGGAUGUUGUUGUAAAUUGGGAUCUUUAGAAAUUAUCAGAGUGCAAAAGGUGAAUAUGAGUCUGCUAUGAAGAAUUUUUUUUGUACAAGGGAAAUCCUAAAUUAAGACAUUCCACAAGUUUGAUGUGUACUGUGACAAGGCUUAGAUAUUAUUAAAUGACUGAGUUACA